CGGGGCCGGGCGAUGAGGUCAUCCAAACGCGCCGCGGCCGAGGCGGAGGGGCUGGCUGUCAGCCCGGCAGCAUGCAUUUGACUCGGAUGCUUCCCGUGAAUCUCUGUGCUCUGUCUCCUGAAAAUCAGACACACACACCACCCUUCCUGAGCAUAUUAACUGGAAAUAAAAUCCAAGGAUGUGAGAAGUGGAGGAACUGCAAUCAGUUUUCAUACCGUAAUUUUAAUCAGAAUUCUUUUUGACAAUGAGAAGCUGCAUGUCCUUGCUCUUUAUGGAGUCAUCAUAUGUAAGAAAUGCCUAGGGUUUUGUAAAACUGUUGUCCAACAGACUGAAACAUGGAAACACAGCUUGACCCAAUGAAGGAUGACCUGCCCUUAAUGGCCAACACUAGCUACAUGCUUGUAAAACAUUAUGUAUUGGACUUGGAUGUGGAUUUUACAAGCCAAGUUAUUGAAGGCAUCAUAGUUUUAUUCUUUGAGACUGGAAGCCAGUACAGGAAGACCAGCAGUACUAGCAAAGAAGAUUGCCAGUCACAGUUUGGUGGAACCUGUAAAAUAAGAUCAUCUGAAUCCUGCCACAUUGCUAUGACAAAUGUGAAUGUCUGUUCAUGUAUAAUGGAAUGUAACAAUUUUGCCUUUUGUGGUAAAGGUGAAGAGGAUACUUCUGAUAAAAAUGGUAACCAUAGCAAUGAGGAACAGGUGUCUGGGACUUCUGGUUCAAAGGACUGCUGUGACAUAGAGAAUCAUGGAAAUAAGGAUUUUCUGCUGGUGUUGGACUGCUGUGAUUUAUCUGUGCUAAAGGUUGAGGAGGUAGAUGUUACUGCUGUGUCAGGCAUUGAAAAGUUUGCAAGGUCUGCCAAGCUAACUGGUGUUUCAAAAGAGUUGGAAAAUCUCAGGAAUUGGAUUGUACAUGAACUCGUGACUUUACCUGCAGAUCGCUGUAAGGAACAGCUAUACUAUUUCACUUGCUGCAGCCAGGCACCUGGCUGUGGAGAGCUUCUGUUUACUACUGACACCUGGAGUCUGGAGAUAAGGAAAUCAGGAGUUCAGACUCCAGCAGACUUUCCACAUGCAAUAAGAAUAUGGUACAAAACCAAACCAGAGGGAAGAUCUGUUACAUGGACUACAGACCAGAGUGGCAGGCCAUGUGUUUAUACAACGGGAUCGCCAAUAAACAACAGAGCCCUUUUCCCAUGCCAAGAACCACCUAUUGCCUUGUCAACAUGGCAAGCCUCAGUCCGAACAGCUGCAGACUUUAUUGUGUUAACGAGUGGUGAAAACUCUGCCGAACCAGUCCAGCUUCAAGAAGGUAUCUUGAGCUGGUACUACUAUGUGACUAUGCCAAUGCCAGCAUCCACCUUCACUAUUGCUGUGGGAUGCUGGCAGGAAGUUAAACAGCAGUCCUUGACAACUGCUCUCCAGAAAAACAUUGAGUUUUCCUUGCCAUCUUCACAAACUGAUUUCAGAUAUGAUGAGGAAAUCUGUGGUCAUGUGGAAUAUCCUUGCCGUUUCCAAAAUCCCGCUGCCAGGUUGCAGGCAGUCAUUCCUUACAGAGUCUUUGCUCCCUGGUGCCUUACGGAGUGCUGCGAAGAACACUUACUUCAACUAAUUCCUCAGUGCCUCUCAGCUGCUUACUCCACACUGGGUACCCAUCCCUUUACCAGACUUGAUGUUUUGAUCGUUCCUUCCAAUUUUUCCAGCCUGGGAAUGGCUAGCCCACACAUCAUUUUCCUGUCACAGAGUGUAUUGCCAGGAGGGAGCCAUCUCUGUGGAACACGUCUGUGCCAUGAAAUCGCUCAUGCUUGGUUUGGACUGGCCAUUGGUGCUCGUGACUGGACUGAAGAGUGGAUAAGCGAGGGGUUUGCCACUUUUUUAGAAGAUAUAUUUUGGGCUAGGGCACAACAGCAGUUAUCACACAAUGAAGUAAAAGAGAUGCAGGAACUGAAAGCUUUACUUCGCUGGCGUCGACUCAGAGAUGAGGUGCAAAACUCUGAAGAAGAGCUGCAGGUUUUAAGGCCCAAAAAAGAGAGCACAGGAGAAGUAAGUGAGUCUGGAGCAUCCAUUGUCAAACAUGGCCUUAAAGCAGAAAAAGCCUUCAUGCAGGUUCACUAUUUGAAGGGUUAUUUCCUUUUGCGGUCUCUGGCAAGGACAAUAGGAGAGGCUUCAUUCUUUGCAUCUUUAUGGAAAUUUGUGCAUAAGUUCCAUGGGCAGCUUGUCCUUUCUCAGGACUUUCUUUGCAUGCUGUUGGAUGACAUACCUGAACAAAAAGAAUCUGGGUUAACUGUGGAAAGUGUUUUCCAGAGUUGGCUUGACACUGCUGGAAUACCAAAGCCUUUGCUGGAGGAGGGCGAGACUUGGAAGGAGUGUCGGCUUGUGCAGCAAGUGAGCGGCGAGGUCACAAAAUGGAUUCAGGCAAACCAGAAGAUCAGAAAAAGUGGCAAAAAGAAAAGAAAGCAGGAUGAAGUCGUUUUCCAGAAGCUUCUCCCUGACCAGCUGAUCUUACUUCUGGAAUCUCUCUUGGAGGAGAAGACACUGUGUCCUAGAAUACUGCAGUGCUUGGAGAAAACGUACCAGCUCCGGGAGCAAGACGCUGAGGUUCGGCACCGAUGGUGUGAGCUGGUCAUUAAACACAAGUAUGUGCCUGGGUAUGGAGACAUUGAGAAAUUUCUCAGAGAAGAUCAGGCAAUGGGUGUGUAUCUCUAUGGUGAACUAAUGGUGAAUGAAGAUGCCAAACAGCAACAACUUGCACGUAAAUGCUUUGCUGCAGCACAAGAACAUAUGGAUACAUCCUCAGCCAAAGUGGUGGCAGAGAUGUUAUUCUGAAGAGGAAAUGCUUGUUUCCGUCUGGAGCUGCCACUUACAGCUGCUGCUGUUGUUCCAGGCUGUUGAUGGACCCGUCCUCCGGUGCCUACUGAGCUGAUAUCAGUUCUGAUUUUACACACUGGCUCAGUUCAGCAGGAACAGGAGUCGAGCCCUAGAGCAAAAAAACCCAGAUGUACCUUUUCUAAGAGCCUCUAAGAAAUGUUACUGUUUUCUCUCAAUAUCCAAAUUAGUCCUGAAGUUAAACAAUAAAUGGCCUAAGGUGGAAAAGCUGUUUAGAGAACUGUUGGCUUAAGAUGAGAAGGUAUGUGGAUAUGUAGCUCAUCAUCACACAGUAUUGCUCUGAUAACUGACCUCCUGCGUUAUUCUCAGAGUAACAAGCUAAUAACCAAGAGAAUGUGCUUGCACUGUGGGUCUUCCUGGUCUUCUCCAGACCUUGUUGUGGUAGCUGUAGAAAUCUAACGAGAUCAUUGUUAAUUCUGUAACCACAGUUACGCUUUACUGCUAACCUAAAACAUAACUCCAAGCUGGGGCAAUGAAGAAUGCACAGAUAGCCCUUUAUUGAGACAGAGUAUUAACUUUUACUGCUAUUUCCAUUGCAGGAAAGAUCACAGAGAAACUGUUUUAAUAUAUCUCCUCCUAAACACCAACUGUACUAGGAUUUCAUUGACCCAAGACAUCAAAGAAAGAAGUACGUGACAGCUAAAACAAUCAGCUGACAGAAACAUUGACCUCUCAAUAUUUAUGUCUUCCAGAGGCUCACUGUAACAGAGAAUGCAUGUGCACAAAACAAACUACACACAUACAUGUUACUGUGGCUUUAGGUAGUUCUUUAAUACAAAAAAUUUGUGGUUUAUCCUUGCUUUUUGGUGAUGCAACUAUUCCAGUUUGCUGACACCAGGGACUCUCUGAUUUAAACGACUUUAUGCACUCAGGUAAUUUGGCAAACAUUAGCAAUCUCUGAAAUUCAAUGAGAACGGUAUUCUCUACUUACAAUUUUGGCUGUAACUGCUAUGCCAAUUAAAAAGCCAAUAUAAAGUUAGUAGGAACUAAUACAAGACCCUUGUGCUGGUCCUUUUAUACAAUGAUGUAUAUCAAGUGUAGCUCUUUCCUAGGAAUGUACUGCUCCAGUGAUCAGAAGACAAUUGUUUCUUUUGGAGAGUAAGAGUUUAAAAUACAAGCAUUUGUGAAUAUAUU